GGGACUUUUGGCUGUAAGUCGUGGCAUCAGACUCAGAGUCAAGAGGCUGAGAAAAUAAAACCCUAGAGAAACAGCGAAAUCAACAAGAGGAAGAGGGAGAAGGAGAAGGAGAAGAUAGACGGACCUAGAUCGGAUCGAAUCGGAUCCGACCCACAUACGCACAUCCUCCUGGUAUGUACGUGGGUCUUCCUUCAUCUUCUUCUUCUCGAAUUAGGGUUUUGGUCCUUUUACAGAUUCACUGAUACAUCAAUUUUUGUUCAAUAAUUCCGUGGCUUCUUUGUUGAAUACGCUCUUUUUUCUUCUUCUUUUUCUUUUUUCUGAAUUUAUUGAGACUCAAUUUCUCGGUCUUUCAUUAAUUUUCUCUCGUUAACUGUUUCGCAAUCUUAAUUUGAUUCUCCAAAGAUGUACAAACACACACAUACACGUGAAUUAUACACUCAUAAUUUAUUCGAAAACGUCAUUUUAUAAUUUUCUUUUUCGUAAUCAGUUCUAUGAUUGGUUUUAAAAUUUUACCAUGAGAAAGUUUUGUUUUAGCUGGAAAAGAAAAGGUCUCCAAAAAAUCACACAUCAAAAGUUUUGUAACUGCUCGUAGAUGCAUUGUCAAAUGAGAAAUUAGUAGCUCAGUGGAGGAACCAAGCAAAGACGGUAUGACCCAUCUUGUGUUGAAAGCAUUUCCAUGUUUUAUAGGUGCUAUUUUGUGUGUUUCCUCAUGAUAAGCAGAAAAAAGAUGGAAAGAAAAAUUGUCCUUUUCUGCUACAGAUGUUGAUUGCUAAGUUGUGAAAUAUAUGUUUAUCUGACAUUUGGUUUAGGAUUUGAUUUUUCAAGAUUGAUAUCCUUCUGUGCGUCACUUUGGAUAGUAUUCAUGAUUUAUUAGCUGAUGGUUUCUACAAUCAAGACCUUCCUCUGUUUUGUGUGAUAAGAGAAUUCGAAGAUGGGUGUUACUGAAUUUGUGGAAAGGGUUUGAUUUUGAGGAUUCCGGUUAUGAGAGAGGGGCCAAGGUCAACUCAUGGGAGUUACUGGUUCUUGGUUCAUCAUGGCGUAACUGUUUCUGUUUGUGCAUAUAUUACAGGAGAGGUUUUCAUACAUUCUGCUCCUGAAUCUUCUGAACGAUCACCAAGAGCCUUUCAGGGGGUGACGCUGACGGGGGUUUUGCUUGCAAGAAAUGGAUCCUGGUCGCUAUGGUCUUCAGCAAGGAUGGGAUAAUAACAGCGCUCUGGAGGGUUAUGGAGCUGUAAAUGAGCCAAACUUCAGGGUUGGUGCUUCCUACGAUGAGAGGAGGUUUUUAGAUGAAAGAUAUUCAAGAGAUAAUGUUUAUCCAAGAAAUGCCUUCCAUCGUGAUGUUUUGGAAAGGGAGAACUAUCCACCACCACCGCCUGCUAUUGGGCUUUGGCCGCAAUCAAGAAGAAGAAGUUAUGAAGAGGACUAUCCACUUGAUAGGGAAUCUAGGCGACAUGAGAAAUCAUAUGUUAAUUCAUACCAUGAGAUGGAUACUUUUCGGGAUCAUGAGAUUGAUGCAAUUCAGGAAUUUGAUAAGUUUGGGGAUGGCUAUCGUAGUAUUGAUACCUAUCGUGAUCAUGAAUUCGACAGACCUGGCAGGUUUGGGGGACGUGAACGUGAUGAUUAUGUGUAUGAUGAUUAUGACUAUAGGUCCCGCAUCUCCCAUCAAAGCAGGGAGGAUAGCCGUGACAGGGAUUAUGACUUUGGCCGGCAUAGUUAUGAUUCUGAUUAUGAAAGAGGCAGUAGGAGAGAUGGUAAUUGGAGGCGGCGUGAAUCCCGUGAUAAGAGAGGUUUGAGUCGGGAAAGAGAUCCAAGUCCACAUAAAAGGCAUGAACGCUCCCGGUCCCGGGGGCAUGAUGAUCGACCUAGAUCAAGGUCCCCUCGCAGUCGAAGCCAUGGUCGAAGUCAUCGAGAGGAUAGCUACGAUGAUGAUCGGCAUGAGAGGACUGAUAAGCGAAGGGAGCGUGAAGAGAAGCGUCAUCGUGAGCAGUAUGCUGUGGCCCCAUCUGCCACCAUUGUUGUGAAGGGCCUUUCACAGAAGACGACUGAGGAAGAUUUGUACCAGAUCCUUGCUGAAUGGGGACCCCUUCGUCAUGUCCGUGUGAUCAAAGAGCGAAACUCUGGGAUCUCGCGUGGAUUUGCUUUCAUUGAUUUUCCUUCUGUGGGAGCAGCACGUUCAAUGAUGGACAAGAUUGGUGAUGAUGGUCUUGUUGUGGAUGGAAGAAAGCUUUUUUUUGAGUAUAGUAGUAAGCCAACCGGUGGGGCAGGUGGACCGUUUGGUCAAGAAAAUGGUGCGAAAUCAGGCCACUUUAACCAUAAAGGCAUUACAGUACCAUCUGAUUGGAUGUGCAACUCUUGUGGCUGUGUCAAUUUUGCCCGGCGGACAUCUUGCUUCCAGUGUAAUGAGCCACGCAGUGAUGAUGCUCCCCCAGCAGAUAUUUCUUUAUCAAAUCCAGCACCAUUAGGAAAGAAAGGAUUGGAGGCAGGUCCUACUCAUGUUUUGGUUGUUCGUGGAUUGGAUGAAAAUGCUGAUGAGGAAAUGCUUCGUUAUGAAUUUUCCAAACAUGCUCCAAUCAAGGACCUUCGUCUUGUCAGAGACAAAUUUACUCACGUCUCUAGGGGAUUUGCAUUUGUACAUUUUCAUUCGGUGGAGGAUUCUACAAAAGCUCUUGAAGCAACGAAUGGAACAAAUCUUGAAAAAAAUGGGCAGAUCUUGAGGGUGGCAUAUGCAAAAAGCAUCCUUGGUCCAGGAUCAGGCGCAUCAGGAUCUGGCCAGUCAAGUAGCCUUGCUGCUGCUGCAAUUGAGGCAGCGACUUUUGCUCAACAGUAUGAUGCUGUUGGAUGGGCACCAAAAGAAUAUAACCCAGAUGACAAGCAAUCAACCAGUGGCAAGGAGCACACUGGUGGGAAGGUUGCAGUUCAAAAUGAUGGUUCAGCUCCACAAUCUGGAUUUGUAUGGGAUGAGGCUUCUGGUUAUUACUAUGAUGCUGCUUCUGGGUUCUACUAUGAUGGAAAUACAGGUCUUUAUUAUGACGGUAACAGUGGAGUCUGGUAUUCAUAUGACCACCAAACUCAGCAGUACAUCCCUUGCACUGAUCAGAAUGACAACAAAGCACCUGGUAACCAAUCUGAGCUCCCUAAGGCAUCAGAUGGUUCCAGUAAUAGAAAAGUAAUCAUCUCUGCACCAGCUACUACUGUAACAUCAGUUGAGAAGGCUGCCUCAUUACCGGAUGCAGUACAGGCUGCAGCAACAGCAGCAAUAGCUGCAGAGAAGAAAGAGAAGGAGAAGUCAAAAGAGAUAAAACUCGCUUCAAAGAGCAGUAUUCUGGCUAAUAAGAAGAAAAUGAAUAAUGUAUUGUCAAUGUGGAAGCAAAGGAGUCAUGAAGGGCAAGCAACUCGUGUGGCUCUUGAUGACAAUCAACUAUCUGGGUCAGCUGAUGAUAGACCUUUUUCUGUUGGACAAUCCACAAAGAGCAAGUUUAAGACUGAUGCAACAUCAACAAAAGAUAAUUCUACGUCUGGUUCAGGAGCUCCCACCACCGCCUCUGCAGCCCCGGCUGUUGGUUCAGAGUCUCCGGUCAAGCCAAGGCCUGUGAGUAACAGCUUAGGGGGGACUAUAAUGGGGGUCAUUAGAGGUUCUGGAAGACCUACAGUGAGAUCAGAAACCUUCUCUUCAGGAUCAUCUGGUGUAGUUUCUACGUCAUCUGUCACCACAAGUGCUGCUGGUUUAUCUCUAUCAGCAAAUGCAGAUAUACCUACAGUCGCAACUCCAUUUAAAACGGAUGCAUCUGCAUUGGGUACCUACACACUACCUGGGGCUGCUGUGAGCGGAAAGAGGAGGUUUUCUGAAAUGCCACUUAAUCCAGCUGCCAUUCACAAGGAGCAAUCUCAAACUCCCUAUAGGGAUCGUGCAGCUGAGCGAAGGAACUUGUAUGGUUCAUCUUCUCUUGGAGACGAACUAUCUAAUCUGGGAUUUGGUGAUUCAAAUCGAGAUGUUGCAUUAAGGAAGGGUUCUAUGGAUUCAAUGCCUUUCCCCCCUGGUGUUGGUGGGGGGCGUGCACUCGGAGAUGCUAAUAUCAACAGUUAUGAGGUGAUUACUGCAGACAAAGCGAUUGACGAGAGCAAUGUGGGCAACCGGAUGCUCCGUAACAUGGGCUGGCAUGAAGGCUCGGGAUUAGGGAAGGAUGGAAGUGGAAUGGUAGAGCCAGUCCAGGCACAAUCCGUGGAUAGACGAGCAGGACUUGGUAGUCAGCAGAAAAAACUUGAUCCUAGCCUUGAGGUGCAGGCCGGGGAUAGUUACAAGACUCUCAUUCAUAAGAAGGCGCUUGCCAGGUUUCGAGAGAUGUCGUGAUUGAAGCUGCUCGUGGAGUAAAGGGAGCUGAUACAUAAAACUUACGAAGGAAGAUAGUGGCAGAGCUUUCAAACGCUGUAGAAAAUGUAGUUUCCAUUGUAGAGGCUUUUGGGUCGGUCAUGCAAUUAUUGGUUUCAAGGUGUCGUCGUCUGACUCAAUUCUCUCUUGUAAAAAAGUAGCUUUUCAGCACUUGUAAAAAAUCAAAUGUGCUUUAAAGAUCUGAAAUUUUGAUUA